AUGGCUCAACCAUUCUUCUCAGACAUCUUCAAGGACUCAAACGACCUUCUAAACAAAGAUUUCUUCCACGCGACCCCCCUGCAAUUCGACGUCAAGACAAUCGCCAAAAAUGGUGUCAAUUUCAACGUCAAGGCUAAACAAAAUAUCUCAAAUGGUCCACUCGCUGCUGUCGUGGAGUCCAAGUUUUUCGAUAAGACUAAUGGGCUAGUGUUGACACAGGGCUGGGCCAACAACAACAACGUGAACACCAAGUUGGAAGUGUUGGAUAUCACACCGGGUCUAAAGACCGAAUUGAACACCACCUUUGACCCCAAUGAGCUUCUAUCAGGGAAGGGGAAAAAUGUCAGUUUGAACGUCAGUUUUGCUCAGCCUUACUUCAACGCAAGAGGGCUCUUCAACCUGUUGAAUGGUCCUCCAAACUUCGUCGGGGACAUGACCGUGAGCCACAACGGGUUCGUGUGCGGGUCUGAGAUCGGGUACGAUAUCUCCAAGGGUGCCAUCUCCCGCUACGCCCUGUCCCUCGCCUACAAGAGCCUCGACUACUCGGUAGGUGUCGCAGUCAACAACAAACAAGUGACCUCGCUGCUGUUCAACCAGGUCAUCAGCAAGAGCUUGCAAGUCGGGUCCAGAGCCACGCUGGACCCCAAGGUCAACAGCAAUAAAGUCAACUUGGAAUUCGUGACUAAGUACUUGCCUGACGAUAACUCCCAAGUCAAGGCGAAGAUCUCAGAUCUGGGGACCCUCUCGUUGUCCUACAAGCAGUUGUUGAGACCGGGGGUCACUUUGGGUGUCGGGUCCUCCUUUGACGCUUUGAAGUUGAACGAACCUGUCCACAAGAUCGGCUGGUCCCUAUCCUUCAACAUCUGA